AUGGCAGAUCCGCUGGCUUUACCUGACGGCUCGACGCAGAAACACAACGAGCUAUUCAAUGAAUUACCUAACGAUAAUGUGCGGCGUGCGUAUCUGUUGUUCUACGGGGGAUACAAGGGCGGAAUCAAAGAGGCUGGUGUGCUUUCACGAGUAUGGAAUAAGAUGACAUCCGCGGCGCAACAGGAAUACAUUAACCGUGCCACAUCCGGGGCGGUUAGCCAUGCGUCAGAUCGCGAGAUUGAGAGCAGAGAAGAGUUGUCUAGGGAUGAUCCACAAGAAGCGAUUGAAGAAGGCCGUAUGCAGGCAAAAUCGGGGGCCCUAGAAGAUAACGUUCGCGGCAUAGAUGGCCCGUUGCAUGGCGUAGCGAUACCUGUUGAGGCUAAUAACCCAGAAGUAUCGAAUGAUACGGAAUCGUCUGGUUACGAACCUAGUGAUGGCAAGAUCGCAAUAGCAAGGGUCGGUCUUACCGAAGCAGAUACUGCCUCUCAACAAGAGAGUACGCUGACGUAUCGCUUGUACUCCGAUUACGCGGAGCACGGAGAUCUGGGCGAACUUCUCAAAGUUUAUUACCAGGAAGAGAAUUUGGAUAAGCAAGUACCUGAGCAGUUUGUCUGGAUGGUCUUUCAUGCGCUAGCCGAUGCCAUAUGUACUCUAAACACGGGGUUGUGCGGAGAGACGCUCGACGAGGACAGAGCGGCGGAAGGAGCAGACAAUGGCCCAGAAGUCAGAAGGGGAGGACAAAGGACAAAGAAAAGAAAGCGAGGUGGGAACAAGCCAAGGAAGAAGUUCACAAGCGGCAUGGUGCACUUGGAUGUCAAGCCAGCGAACAUCUUUCUCAGUACCGCUAAGGAACCCUACCUAGCGUACCCAGAAUCUCUCCUUGCUGACUACGAUGUCGUCAAGACGAUUUCACCAAGCACGGAUGCUUUAGAGGGUAGGAAAGAUUGGGGUACGAAAGGGUUCCAAGCCCCAGAGAUCAUCGUAGAGGCCGCGCAUCAUCAUCCCGUCAACGCUAAGACAGAUGUUUGGUCGCUUGGGAUGGUCAUCUGGAAACUGAUGCAUACUACGCUCGGUAGAGAAGCUUCGGAUCAGAUAUGCGAGGACAGCAUCAAAGCUUCGUUCCGAUUUGCAGAAGGCAACACGUUCACAUCGACAGACAUUCCAAGUUACGAUGCGAUGUAUUCCAAUGUCUUGCAUCGACUAGUGAUCAACUGUCUCCAGAUCAACCCGCAAAAGCGACCAGGUUACGAGACUUUGAGGAAGAAAGCGAAAGCGGAGUUUGAGAGAUCGCAAAGGCGGUUAGGCCCGGUCUUGUCGGGUGAUAAAACGGGUAGUGAUAUUGCCGGUCACCUCCGGGUUCUCAGGAAAGAAGAGUUGGAGUUUAAACUAGGGGAUAUGUUUGUCGAGCCUUUGAGCAAGAGGAGAAAAGCUCAAUCGCACGUCGAACAAAAUGCCGAUGUAUGA